AUGAUAUUUCCAUUCUCCUUCCGCUUCGCUAUUCCGGGGCUCUUCAAUCCCUUUGCGGUGCCCCAGCAGCCUCCCCCGACGACCCAGCCAGCAACGGCGAACAGGGACAGCCUGCGUGCUGCUGCUCUUCGGAUCCAGCAAUCUCCGACGUCAAGGAUUAUAGCGGGUUCACAGGAGCCAUAUCAAUACCCCGCAGCGCCUGCUUAUCCAUCUUCAUCUUCAUCUUCCUCCUCCAUCCCGCUACCGACUAACAACAACAGGCGGAUAUCCCGCUCACAGCUGCCCAAGAUCCCACGGCGACACCACUCGCCGGACACCACUCCGACAACACUCCGCGCGCUGCCGCUGUCCCGCAAGCGCGGGUGGGAGCCGACAUUCGGUGCUGAGAGUCUUGCAUCGUCUACGGGGAGCCUGAAUAGCACAGGCAAGGCGAGCUCGACCACCUCGCUCAGUUUCACGUCGCCAGAGGGAUACCUUGAUACGCCCGCUCGGUACCGCGAGAUGAUGGAAGGGGAUAUGGAUAUGCGUAUGAGUGAUGAGAGGCGCUUUGCGCAGGGUGAGUUCUGUUUUGCUCUGUCUGGGUGCUUGGGUCGGGAUGCUGAGCUGCGCUCGCCUUCCCCCUUUUCCAUUACAUUUCAACAACCCAAUGCCGUACUUUGCGAGUCCAAAGACCAAGCGCAGGCAGCAGCUUGCGCUCUUACAGCUGCGCGCGCGGAUCGUCGCGUUUUUGCGCACGCACUUUCCUUUUUUGUUCUCUUCAUCUCCUUCGCGUUCAACGUUGACGCCGCUCUCGACUGA